AUGGCCGUCAUACAAGCACAUGCAGAGUCAAACAGGCAUACUCCACAGAGCGCCCACGAACACCCACGAACGCCCACGAAAGCCCACGAAAGCCCACGAACACCCACGAACGCCCACGAAAGCCCACGAACGCCCAUGAACGCCUACGAAAGCCCGCAAACACCCACAAACACCCACGAACGCCCACGAACGCCCACGAACGCCCACGAAAGCCCACGAACACCCACGAACGCCCACGUACGCCCACCCCACGAACGCCCACGAACGCCCACGAACGCCUACAAACGCCCACGAACGCCCACGAACGCCCACGAAUAUCCACAAACACCCACGUACGCCCACGAACGCCCACGAACACCCACGAACGCCCACGAAAGCCCACGAACGCCCACGAACGCCUACAAACGCCCACAAACGCCCACGAACAUCCACAAACACCCACGUACGCCCACGAACGCCCACGAACACCCACGAACGCCCACGAAAGCCCACGAACGCCCACGAACGCCCACGAACGCCUACAAACGCCCACAAACGCCCACGAACGCCCACGAACGCCCACGAACAUCCACAAACACCCACGUACGCCCACGAACGCCCACGAGACAAGCUUAA